AUUUUUUUUACUGUUUGACGGAUCAGAAAGCCAAAAGUAUCAGCGCAGGACUGAAUUUCAAAUUUGAAUUGUGCUACAUUUAUCGGAAACUGAGAAGUCCAGUGUAUUCUUCUCGCGCUUGGAGGAAGAGGAAGAGGAAGAGGAAGAGAGUGACUGAGUGACUGAGUGAUAGAGAACGGGAAUUCCUUUUCAAAGUUAGGGCUCUAUGUCCAUCGCCGUACCAAUUGAGCCAGAUAUGGGCGAUUCAUCGGAUGAACUUGAACCGUUGUUUGACUACCGUCGAGUGCAGCCCGUUAAUUUUGUCGACCUUGAAGAUUCUGAUUCUGAUUCUGAUUCUAAGCGAAGAAGAAUUUCUAAAUCUGCGAAUAACAAGCAAGAUGCCAUUAAUGGAGAAGGAAAAUCAGUGGAAGUGAUUGAUUGUGAUGAUAUUGAUGAGAAAGAGAAUUGGUUGCCUCCUCCUCCCCCUCCUCCUCCUAACAAUGUAGCUCCUUCAUCAAAGCUACACGAUGAAGCCACUAUUAAGGAAUUGAGGCGUAAAAAGCUGGAAUUGGCAACAUUGGUCCAGUCAUUACAAGCUGCAGAAGAAGCUGCAAAUGUACCAUUCUCACCCUCUUUUACGGAGGGCACUAAGGAAACAUCAGAACCUGCAUCUGAUCGGACAAAGAUAGUCAUAUCUAUCCAAGACAAGAAUGUAACUAAACAGUAUCGCAUAUUUGCAGAUGAAAGAUUUGAGCAGCUGUUCAAGAAGUAUGCACGUAAGGCGAAUAUUGAUGUACAUAAGCUAGUAUUUUCUUUUGACGGUGAAAAAGUUGAUCCAGCAUCAACGCCAAAAGACCUUGACAUGGAAGACGACGAUCUUAUUGAAGUACAUGUGAAGGCGACCUAACGAGGCCGGGAUGAUCUUUGGCUUUACUUCUCAUGUGAAGGCAAACUACUAUGUUCAAUGUAAAUGGACAUCAAUAGCUCUUCCUUUACCUUUUUUUGUAAUAAAUUUUGUUCUUUUGACAGUAUAUCUAUGGCAUGAAGCGAAUAGUUUUGCGUUUAUGUGUAGAAUUUUGCUCAAUUCAACAAAAUGGUUGAGUUUACGUGCUGCGACACUUUCAUUUACGUGAAUUAUAAAUGAUGUUUACUAUUAAAGGUUAAUAAAAAGGCUAAGGUUAUGUUCAA